UACAGGGUACCGCAAUAGCAGAAACUCAUUGCUCAACUCUUAUCUCUUCACAUUAUUCACUUCUCACCUACCUAACCUUCUUCUCUAGUUCUCUUCUCCAGAUCAGAAACGCAGCCAUGGCGUUCCAGAAGAUCAGCGUCGCCAAUCCCAUCGUCGAGAUGGACGGAGAUGAAAUGACUAGGGUUAUCUGGAAAUCAAUCAAGGACAAGCUCAUUUUGCCUUUCUUGGAGUUGGACAUAAAGUAUUAUGACCUUGGUCUUCCAUACCGUGAUGAGACCGAUGAUAAAGUUACAAUUGAAAGCGCAGAAGCUACUCUCAAAUACAACGUAGCAAUCAAAUGUGCAACUAUCACUCCAGAUGAGGCUCGUGUGAAGGAGUUUGGCCUGAAGAAUAUGUGGAAGAGUCCAAAUGGGACAAUUAGGAACAUUUUGAAUGGAACUGUCUUCAGAGAACCAAUUCUUUGCAAAAACAUUCCGCGCCUUGUUCCUGGUUGGACAAAGCCAAUAUGCAUCGGAAGACAUGCAUUUGGUGACCAAUAUCGGGCUACUGACACAGUAAUUAAAGGAGCUGGAAAGCUGAAGCUGGUGUUUGUUCCAGAAGGCCAAGGUGAGAAGACUGAAUUAGAGGUUUUUGACUUUACUGGUGAGGGAGGCGUUUCAUUGGCUAUGUACAAUACUGAUGAGUCAAUUCGUUCUUUUGCCGAGGCUUCUAUGGCAACUGCUUUAGAGAAAAAGUGGCCUCUUUAUCUUAGCACCAAAAAUACGAUUCUUAAGAAAUAUGAUGGAAGAUUCAAGGACAUAUUUCAGGAAGUUUACGAGGCAAGCUGGAAAUCAAAGUUUGAGGCUGCUGGUAUAUGGUAUGAACAUCGGCUCAUUGAUGAUAUGGUGGCUUAUGCACUUAAGAGUGAAGGAGGUUACGUAUGGGCAUGCAAAAACUAUGAUGGUGAUGUGCAGAGUGAUUUCUUAGCUCAAGGUUUUGGAUCAUUGGGUUUGAUGACAUCUGUACUGGUUUGCCCUGACGGAAAGACUAUUGAAGCAGAAGCGGCCCAUGGAACAGUUACCCGUCAUUUUAGGGUUCAUCAGAAAGGAGGCGAAACCAGCACAAAUAGCAUAGCAUCCAUCUUUGCCUGGACGAGAGGGCUAGCUCACAGGGCAAAACUGGAUAACAAUGCUAAACUGUUGGAUUUCACUGAAAAGCUAGAGGCAGCUUGCAUUGGAGUUGUUGAGGCAGGGAAGAUGACCAAGGACUUGGCACUUAUUAUUCAUGGAUCCAAGCUUUCAAGAGAGCACUAUUUGAACACAGAGGAGUUCAUCGAUGCCGUGGCAGCCGAUCUUAGAAAUAAGCUUUCUGCAUAGGCUUGAUUUAAAGACGGACGGAAAGAGACUAGGCCAACAAGGAGCAAACAUGUGCCACUCUGCGUCUGCUAUGAAGAAAUAAGAGAAAGAAGAGAAGCACUGACACUUAGCCCCGCCCUUGUGCUUCAUUUGUUGGUCGGGAAUACAAGGGUUGCUUUUCUUCUCUGUAUUGUUUGAACUGAAAUUGUCCUUUGUGAUUUUGAACUCAUCUCUUCCACUUUUCUAGUUAUUAUGGAUUUUGCUGCGAUUCUGAU